AUGUGGAUUAUAUCAUUCUGGAUCUUUCCCGUCAUCUCGGCAUGCAUGUGGCUCGCCAUGCUGAUUGCGAUGCUGGCCAACUGGGCCGUACGCGGGACGCCGAUCUAUGCCAGUAUGGAACAAGGUCAAACCAUCGCAUACAUUUCCGAUAUUGGAGCGCAGGGACUGAAGCCCCUGUUUAUCACUGGCAGUGUCAUCACCGUGGUCUUUCUCGACCUGGCGUUCAUCUCGGAGCGAUGGCUGCGACAUUCGGGACAGUUGGUGCCAAACAAGGGCUGGUUCGAUAAAACCUGCGCAAUCGCUUCCAUCUUUUUCGCGAUUGCAGGUGCGAUGGGUUUGAUCCUGCUCUCGUGCUAUGAUACGCUCCACCACCCGCAUAAACAUGACGGAUUCCUGGUCAUGUUCCUUGUCGGCUAUCUGAUCAGUGCUCUGUUGAUCUGCGCGGAAUAUCUGCGUCUGGGCAUCUUCUACCGCUCGCAGCAUCGGAUCCUCUUCACAAGCUUUGUCAUCAAGCUUUCCUUCAUCAUUAUCGAGAUCGCUUUGGCCAUCGCCUUUGGCGUCUGCGGACGAAGCGGUUCCGGCAAGAAGAAUGUCGCCGCCGUCUUGGAGUGGGUCAUUGCUCUGGUUUUCACAGGCUACGUGCUCUCCUUUGUCGUCGAUCUCCUGCCCUCUGUGCGGACUCGUCGCCAUGUCCCACAAGGCGAGAAGCGCCUCGAGAUGGCGCACACGACCCCCAAUGCGCCUCAUCCUGCCAACGAGGAGUUUGUGUACGAGGAGCCCCUCACAACAGACUCCGCCGGGCCCAAUGCGAACUAUUACCGUGGACAGCGUGUCGUUGGCAACUAA